AUGUUGCAACCACGCGAAAUCGAGACGCCGUUCAACAAGUCGCCGCUAGUGCGGGCCGUGACGGCCUUUCUUAUGGUCUUUAGCAUCCUCGCCGUCGUCACCCGCAUUGCCACGCGGCUGCUCACGGCGGGCAGCCUGAAGCACGACGACCACACGGUGAUUGCUGCGACAGCGCUGGCCGUUGUGCAGUCGAUAGUCGUCAUUGUGCUAGGCGCCAACGGCUUCGGUCAACAUAAUUACGCACUCACCGAUACGCAGACAUCGACCAUUCUUAAGUGCUUGUACGCAUCCGGCAUCCUGUAUAUUGUGACUCUUGGUGUCACAAAGAUCUCAGCAUGCAUGACGGUCAUGAAUGUGGCGCCGCUCGGUCGCAGGCGCGGCAUCUUCUUCGUCAUGGGCGCUAUUGGCGUCUGGGCAGUGGCCUCGGUCGUCGUUGUCAUUUUUCAAUGCCAAAUCUCUUCGCCGUGGAACUUUUACACGGGAAAGUGCGUCGAUUUGCCUGCGUUCUGGCUAUUUUUCGAGAUCCUCAACAUUCUUACUGAUCUUGCCACAAUCGUCGCCAUGAUGGAGCUGGUUUGGAACAUUCAAGCGCAAAAGUCGAUGAAGAGCCUAGUCAUCUUCAUCUUUGGCAGCCGUGUCCUCAUUAUCCCAGCUGCCAUUUGCCACAUCAUCUACCUCAAAAGGGCCGUGACCGACUUCAAGUCCACCGGCGAUACCUUUGCCUUUUGGCCGCCCGUCAUCAUCCGGCAGGUGGUGCAGUGCCUUAGCAUCGCUACGGCCUGCAUCCCCUACCUCAAGCCAUUCCUGGACAACCUCGAGUCAGGGCAAAUGCGUGCCGGCGACGCCCUCAUGUACAUGAAGUCCGGCUCCGGCCACAGCGGCAACAAGAGCGGCAACAAGAGCGCCGACCGCAAGAAGACGACGGCCGCCAGCGGCUCGCGCACGGUAGACGGCCCUAGCAGCAGCGCACACAAAGCGAGCAGCUCACGGCCGUCGACGAAGCCCUUUGAGCUGUCCAACAUGGCCAACAGCUCCAAAGGGCCAAACGUGACGACAACCAUCAUGCAUGACGACGCACAGCCCUCGUGGGACGGGCAGAGCCAAUCCAGCCAAACGGUGCUGGUGCAGCAGUCGUGGCGUGUCGAUGUGGAGGCUCGGCCCCAGUCGCAAGCAUGA